AUAGAACCCAAACAAAAGCUGAUAAGGUCCAAAACACUGGAAUAUACACUCAUCUUCUUCUUCCUCCUCAUCUCUUCAAAAAAUGGCGAUGACCCCUGUUGCUGCAUCAUCUCCAAUCUCAACGCACCAUCUCCUCCGCUCAGACUUCAUACCUAAACCUCCGUUUCUCUCCCUCACCACCAAACGGAACAGAGUCUCAUCGUACCGUUUCACCGUACGUGCCUCCGCGAAUGCCAUCGUCGAAUCACCAAACGGUGUAGCUGCUGCGCCGAACUCAGACACCGACAGCUCCGAUUACGGCCGAAAGUUCUUCCCUUUGGCCGCCGUCGUUGGUCAGGAAGGCAUAAAGACUGCUCUUUUACUUGGAGCGGUUGAUCGUGAGAUCGGAGGGAUUGCUAUCUCUGGUCGUAGAGGGACUGCGAAAACAAUCAUGGCUCGUGGGCUUCAUGCCAUCCUCCCUCCUAUUGAAGUUGUUGUUGGCUCUAUCUCAAACGCUGACCCGGCUUGCCCUGAUGAGUGGGAAGACGAACUAGCUGAGAAAGUAGAGUACAAUGCUGAUGGUACCAUUAAGACUGAGAUUGUUAAAUCUCCUUUCAUUCAGAUUCCUCUAGGAGUCACAGAGGACAGACUCAUUGGGUCUGUUGAUGUUGAGGAGUCUGUGAAAAGAGGGACGACUGUUUUCCAGCCUGGUCUUUUGGCUGAAGCACAUAGGGGAGUGUUGUAUGUUGAUGAGAUCAAUCUCUUAGAUGAAGGGAUUAGUAAUCUGCUUCUCAAUGUAUUGACGGAUGGUGUUAAUAUAGUUGAAAGAGAAGGAAUCAGCUUUAGGCAUCCGUGUAAGCCGCUAUUGAUUGCUACCUAUAACCCUGAAGAAGGUGCUGUUCGAGAGCACUUGCUAGACCGUGUUGCCAUCAACUUAAGUGCAGACCUUCCCAUGAGUUUUGAAGAUCGUGUCGCAGCAGUUGGCAUUGCCACACAGUUUCAGGAACGCAGUAAUGAGGUUUUUAGAAUGGUGGAUGAAGAGACAGAAACGGCAAAGACGCAGAUUAUAUUGGCUAGAGAAUACUUGAAAGAUGUCAAGAUAACUAAAGAUCAAUUGAAGUAUCUGGUUUUGGAAGCUAUGCGAGGUGGUUGUCAGGGACACCGCGCCGAGCUAUAUGCUGCCCGUGUGGCGAAGUGCUUAGCUGCAAUCGAAGGGAGAGAAAAAGUCACCAUUGAUGACCUCAGAAAGGCCGUCGAACUGGUCAUUCUUCCUCGUUCAGACGUAGUUGAGAAUCCACCACCUGAUCAAGAGAACCAACCACCGCCUCCUCCACCACCUCCACAAAGUAAUGAUGCUGGAGAAGAACAAAAUGAAGAAGAUCAAGAAGAAGAAGAAGAGGAUGAAAACAAUGAAGAAAAUGAAAAUGAGCAGCAACAGGAUCAAAUACCUGAGGAGUUUAUAUUUGACGCUGAGGGCGGUCUGGUGGAUGAGAAGCUCCUCUUCUUUGCUCAACAAGCUCAGAGACGUAAGGGUAAAGCUGGAAGAGCAAAGAAUGUCAUAUUCUCGGAAGAUAGAGGACGCUAUAUUAAGCCAAUGCUUCCAAAGGGUCCAGUAAAAAGAUUAGCAGUGGAUGCAACACUUAGAGCAGCUGCGCCUUACCAGAAAUUGCGCAGAGAGAAAGAUAUUUCAGGAACUAGGAAGGUCUUUGUCGAGAAAACAGAUAUGAGGGCAAAAAGAAUGGCAAGGAAAGCUGGAGCCCUGGUUAUAUUCGUGGUUGACGCAAGUGGCAGCAUGGCGUUGAAUCGUAUGCAAAACGCCAAAGGUGCUGCACUCAAACUGCUUGCAGAGAGCUAUACAAGCAGGGAUCAGGUAGCGAUUAUUCCAUUCAGAGGAGAUGCUGCGGAAGUGCUAUUGCCCCCAUCUAGAUCAAUUGCAAUGGCAAGAAAUCGUCUUGAGAGACUUCCUUGUGGUGGUGGUUCUCCUCUUGCUCAUGGUCUAACAACGGCGGUAAGAGUGGGACUUAACGCAGAGAAGAGUGGUGAUGUGGGGCGUAUAAUGAUUGUUGCAAUAACCGAUGGUCGAGCCAACAUAACACUGAAAAGAUCAACUGAUCCCGAGGGUAUUGCUCCUGAUGCUCCUAGACCCUCCUCCCAAGAGUUGAAGGAUGAGAUACUGGAAGUUGCAGGGAAGAUAUACAAGGCUGGGAUGUCUCUACUAGUGAUAGAUACAGAGAACAAGUUUGUUUCAACUGGUUUUGCCAAGGAGAUCGCAAGAGUUGCUCAAGGGAAAUAUUAUUACUUGCCAAAUGCUUCGGAUGCAGUCAUCUCGGCUACUACUAAAGAUGCUUUAUCAGCUCUGAAGAACUCUUAGACCUCACUUGUCCCUGCAAUAUUUGGUUUAUGAUUCCGGUUUACAUUUUUGUACAUUCUAAUUUUCUUUUUUGACCCAACCAACCAACAAUACACAAUUCAUUCAUGAUUCAUCAAACAUGGAAAGAUAAAAUGAAAUGUUUUUACACAUCCAA